CGUCCAUCACCAUGAAGUCCUUGUUCGGUUUUGUCGUCCUUGCAUGCGCUGUUGUUGCUCUUCCUUCUCAGUCCCCAUUGAUUGUUAACGAAGUGCUCAAUCUUGAUUCCUUCGCCGAUGGGUUCGACUUGGAUUUGAACAGCCUUAGAUUAGUCCAGAUGGAGGGUCAGUCACCCGUCUGGAUGACUGAAUUAGAGAAGAUUCACGCCAAAGCGCAAGGCAUCAAGUUCUUCGACAUUACUGAAGCGCGCGAGUUAGGGUACUCUGCUCAUUUCCGGGAGAAGACGCUAUCAUACCCAACUCCCAACGCCACUGAACAGGUCAAAGGCGUCCUCCGGACACUCUCGACCGAAGGUCCCAAGGAGAAUUUGGAGAAGCUGAGUAGCUUCCGCACGAGAUAUUACCGCAGUGACACUGGACGUCAAAGUCAGCAGUGGCUAUAUUCCAAGAUAUCUGAGAUCACUGCAACAUAUGCUUCUAAGGGACUUCAGAAGAAUAUCAAGCAGUCGGAACAUGUCCAUCCUUGGGGUCAGAACUCGAUCAUUGUCCGAAUCAACGGAUCUUCUCCGACGGACGAUGGUGUUGUGAUCAUAAGUGCCCAUCAAGAUAGCACCAACAUGUGGCCUUUCUUACCAGCGCCAGGAGCCGACGACGACGGGUCGGGUACAGUUACGAUCCUGGAAUCUUAUCGUGCUUUAAUUGCUUCGGACUUCCGUCCCGUACAACACGUCGAAUUUCAUUGGUACUCUGCAGAGGAGGGCGGCCUACUCGGAUCACAGGCGGUAGCCAAAGCUUACGAGGAACGUUCAGCGAACGUCCUUGCAAUGAGUCAGUUUGACAUGACAGCAUGGGUCAAGCGAGGAACGCGGGAGGAAGUGGGGAUCAUUACCGAUUACGUGGACGCCGGAUUGACGGAAUUCAACAAACAACUUGUCGACGCGUAUUUAGACAUCCCUUACGUUGAGACCAAGUGCGGAUAUGCGUGCAGUGAUCACGCAUCGUGGGGCAAGGCUGGAUACCCAAGUUCAUUCACUAUAGAAAGCAGUUUCGAGAACUCGAACAAGAACAUCCACUCAACUAACGAUCGUAUCGAUAUCUCCGACGAGUUCAGUUUCUUGCAUAUGCUACAAUUCUCCAAGCUUGCGGUUGCUUUCGCCAUCGAGCUGGGAGGCUGGACGAAGAGCAGCUGAAGGCAACCAGGCUAUAACGCAUGCUCUCACUCCUGAACCGAAUCUGAUGCGCACUCGCCUCUUGUCUCCGGUAACGAUUGCAAUGGUCUCUUUUGACAACUCCAUUGGCGGUAUUGGACUACGUAGCGGCUUGUAUAAGGAGACAUGAAAGAAACGCGCAUUAUGCACUUUUACUGAACGCGCU